CCGUGGCGGCGGAGGGCGGCCGGCGGGGAUGUGGCGGGCGCUACGCGGGGGGCGCCGCCUGCUGCGGCUGGGGGCACGGCCCCGCUCCGCUGCCGCCGCCCGCGGCCCGCGGCCGCUCCUCAGGCUGGCGGCGGGGGGCGGAGGAGGAGGAGGAGGAAGCAGAGCGCUGGGGGCGGCGGCGGAGCAGCGGCGGGCGGCAGAUACUGCAAAGUUCAACAUUGAUUUUGUUGUAGCUCUGCUGAGGCAAGAAAAUGCAAAAGACAUCUGUGUCAUCCAAGUACCUCCAGAAAUAAAAUACUGUAACUAUUUUAUAGUUGUGAGUGGAUCUUCAACACGACAUCUCCAUGCAAUGGCACAUUAUAUGAUGAAAAUGUACAAGCAUCAGAAAGAAGACACUGAUCCUCACGCUCAGAUUGAAGGGAAAGAGACAGAUGACUGGCUGUGCAUUGAUUUUGGUAGCAUAGUGAUGCACUUCAUGCUGCCGGAGACACGCGAGACUUACGAACUGGAGAAGUUAUGGACUCUGGGUUCCUACGAUGACCAGUUAACACAGAUGACUCCACAGUCACUGCCAGAAGACUUCAUUCUUGGGCUGACUUCCCAACAGCAGUGGGAAGCGUCACCAUCUUGUGACAAGAACUGAAUGCAGCUGCCGAGGUGGCAAGUAGAAAGAGAAAUGAGUGUGCCUUAACAGACAUGAGAGGCAUGCAGGCUUCAGUGCUGACUCCGCUGUCAGUGCAGUUGAUCAGCACAAAACGAUGUAUUUGCUGGAUGGGCCUCAGUAAAUUGCUGAAGGAGCUACCAGAAUGCGAUAAAGAAGGAACCGUAUCACAAGGGAGCUUCCUAGGAGAGUCACUCCCUCACUGGAGUUUUAAAUAGAAAUCUCUUCCCUGCUCCGUUGCAGCUUGCCCUGAAACUCAGGCAUAGCUUCUACACUGAUCAUUUUCCUACUAUCUCUGAAAGGCCUGCCCAUAGUGGCAGUGCACGUGAAGUUCCUGUGAAAAGGCUGGAGUGCUGCAAGGUGAAACAUGAAAUAAGUAGUACAGUUUAGAUGCGGUUUGUAUUAAGCCAGUUGCUUCUGGUCAUGAUGAAGCAAAUCAUGUGCUGAGUUGAAGGAGGAGAGCAAACAUAAUGGUAUUACUGAGCGCAUAAAAGCUAAGAGCAGCAGUGACAAAUAAAUGUGUCUUGAAUUAACAGAACAGUAAGUCACUUCUUCAGCCAAGGCCAAUCUGUUUUUAAUAAUAAUAAUAAACUGAAGAGCUUGAGCUCUGUGCCUUCAUAUUAAGACACGCAGCUUACUUUAAGUGUGCUACUGGCCUAUCUCUGGGCUGUCCUCUCACCUAGUUUCUGGAAAAAGCAAUGAGGCAAAGGUGCUAUGGCAGCGUAAACCUUCAGCCCCCUUGAGCUGGGGGAAAGAUCUGCAGGAAGCCCUUAGCACUCAGCGUUACUUGCUGUUAGGCAGUUCAGCAGUAGUUAGAGCUUCAAGUUGGUAACAAAACUUGUCUUUAUGUAAACUACAGGACAGAGCUGUCAGCAGAAGAGUAGAAUCUCUUCCUUGAAAUUGGCCCUGCCGUGCAUCAGGAAGGAGCAGCAGUGGAUGCUGAGGGUAGUCACCUUUUACCCCAUAGCCUACUUCAAGCCCUGACAACAUCUCCUCCCUACACAGCAACUGCUGGUUACAGUGCUCAGAGAAAGUUUUUUUUUGUUUGUUUUUGUGUGUGUUUAUUUUUGGGGGGUGGUUGGGGGUGGACUGGGCUUUGUUUGUAAACGAAGAAUAUCCUCUGCCUCAUUUCAGCCUGGUUAUGUUACCCUCCUGUGUCUAGCCUCUUUCAGGAAGAACUGCCUCUGAAUUCACCUGCUUUCUGAUAGAAGGCAGCAGAUAGUUCUCCAAAUUGAACAAGGAACAUUUACUAAUGCAGUUAAACAACGCAGAUAAAACAUAUUUGACCACAAAAUAAAGGUGGUUGUGGUAAA